AUGAUUACUUUCGUGGACUCGGCGGCCAUGGAACGGGAGCGGGAGAGUGACACGUGCCUGGACCCGCAGCUGUGGCACGCCUGCGCCGGCGGGAUGGUCCAGAUGCCGCCGGUGCACUCCAAGGUGUACUACUUCCCGCAGGGCCACGCGGAGCACGCGCAGGGCCCCGUCGUCGACCUCCCCGCCGGCCGGGUCCCGGCGCUCGUCCUCUGCCGCGUCGCCGCCGUCCGCUUCAUGGCCGAUCCGGACACCGACGAGGUCUUCGCCAAGAUCCGCCUCGCCCCCGUCCGGCCCAACGAGCCGGGCUACGCCGCUGACGCCGACGACGCCAUUGGCGCCGCGGCGGCGGGCGGCGCGCAGGAGGACAAGCCCGCGUCCUUCGCCAAGACGCUCACGCAGUCCGACGCCAACAACGGCGGGGGCUUCUCCGUGCCGCGCUACUGCGCCGAGACCAUUUUCCCGCGGCUGGACUACUCCGCCUACCCGCCCGUCCAGACCGUGCUCGCCAAGGACGUGCACGGCGUCGUCUGGAAGUUCCGCCACAUCUACCGCGGCACGCCCCGGCGCCACCUGCUCACCACCGGGUGGAGCACCUUCGUGAACCAGAAGAAGCUCGUGGCCGGGGACUCGAUCGUGUUCAUGCGGACGGAGAACGGGGACCUCUGCGUCGGCAUCCGGCGCGCCAAGAAGGGCGGCAUCGGAGGGCCGGAGUUCCUGCACCAUCACCAGCCGCCCCCGUCACCGGGCGGCGGCUACGCCGGCUUCUCCAUGUUCCUGAGAGGAGGAGAAGAGGACGGCGGCAAGAUGAUGGCCACGGGCGCGGCCACGAGGGGGAAUAAGGUCAGGGUGCGGGUGCGGCCGGAGGAGGUCGUCGAGGCCGCGAACCUCGCCGUGAGCGGGCAGCCGUUCGAGGUGGUGUACUACCCGAGGGCGAGCACGCCGGAGUUCUGCGUCAAGGCGGGCGCGGUCCGCGCGGCCAUGCGCACCCAGUGGUGCGCCGGGAUGAGGUUCAAGAUGGCCUUCGAGACGGAGGACUCGUCCAGGAUCAGCUGGUUCAUGGGCACUGUCUCCGCCGUGCAGGUCGCUGACCCCAUCAGAUGGCCCAAUUCACCCUGGAGGCUUCUUCAGGUCGCUUUGGAUGAACCGGACUUGUUACAGAACGUGAAGAGAGUGAGCCCAUGGCUGGUUGAGCUUGUCUCAAACAUGCCAGCCAUCCACCACCUCACGCCGUUCUCGCCGCCGCCGAGGAAGAAGCUGUGCGUUCCACUGUACCCGGAGCUUCCGCUCGAGGGCCACCAGUUCCCGGCGCCGAUGUUCCAUGGAAGCCCUCUCGGCCGUGGUGUUGGCCCGAUGUGCUAUUUCCCGGAUGGCACUCCUGCAGGCAUACAGGGAGCCAGGCAUGCUCAAUUUGGCAUAUCUUUAUCAGAUCUCCACCUCAACAAGCUGCAGUCGAGUCUGUCACCGCACGGGCUUCACCACCAGCUGGACGGCCACGGCAUGCAGCCGAGGAUCGCCGCCGCUGGCCUCAUCAUCGGCCACCCGGCAGCAGCUCGAGAUGACAUCUCGUGCUUGCUCACCAUUGGCACCUCCCCACAGAACAAGAAAUCAUCAUCAGACGUCAAGAAGGCGGCAGCGGCGGCGCCACCGCAGCUGAUGCUCUUCGGGAAACCGAUUCUCACUGAGCAGCAGAUAUCUCUAGGCAAUGUCGCGGGCUUCCCGCUGCCGAAGAAGAGCCCUUCUGAUGACAUUGCCGGGAGGACGGUGAGCAACUCGGAUGUCUCCAGCCCUGGGAGGAGCAACCAGGAUGGCACGUCCAGUGGCGGCGCCCCGUCGUCGUGCCAGGACAACAACGUGCCUGAUCUCGGGCUGGAGACCGGGCGCUGCAAGGUGUUCAUGCAGUCGGAGGAUGUUGGGCGCACGCUCGACCUCUCUGCUGUUGGGUCGUACGAGGAGCUCUACCAGAGGCUCGCCGACAUGUUUGGCAUCGACAAGGCUGAGCUGAUGAGCCAUGUCUUCUACCGCGACGACGCUUCUGGAGCGCUCAAGCACACCGGCGACAAGCCUUUCAGUGAGUUCACGAAAACCGCCCGGAGGCUGACCAUACUAACGGACGCGAGGAACGAUAGCUUAGCGACGUAG